AUGGUAGAUUUAUGGAUCAAGUUAUUAAUUACAACAUUAUGUUUACAAAUCAUCCCUUGUAAAUUUGAGAUUAAUGUUCAAGUGGAGAAUAAUACAACAGCAUUAUCCAAUAUAUCAUCAAAUGUAACAGCGAUUGCCAAUCCAAUAAAAUCACUUUCACUCCAUCUAUGUCCAUCUGCAAGAGCAGCUAACAAUUCUGGAAUUAAUUCAACUGGACUUCAAAACAAUAGUGAAAUUACUCAUGAUAUUCCUAUUGCACAAUUAAUUCCACCAAGUCAUGAAUUAAAGUCUAUAUCUAUUAAUUUCGAUGCAAAAUGCCUAUCCAAAUUAAAUCCAUUGCUAAUUGGAAAGACUGAAACAGAGAAAAUAAGUAGAAUAGAAAUGACGGAUAAACAAAGAGAAAAUACACAAACGGAACAAAUACUAAAGACAACACCAUGGGACAAUUUGAAUGGAAAGAAAUACACUGAAAAAAAUGGUAAGCGAAUCGACGACACCUGGAGAAGAGGAGUUGGUGAACGUGACGGACAAACAUGGAAGUGUGAUCGCUCAACACCGACAGAGAAGGAUUCGACGAACCACUCUCGGACCACUGGGCGAAUCGACGACACCUGGAGAAGAGGAGUUGGUGAACGUGACGGACAAACAUGGAAGUGUGAUCGCUCAACACCGACAGAGAAGGAUUCGACGAACCACUCUCGGACCACUGGGCGAAUCGACGACACCUGGAGAAGAGGAGUUGGUGAACGUGACGGACAAACAUGGAAGUGUGAUCGCUCAACACCGACAGAGAAGGAUUCGACGAACCACUCUCGGACCACUGGGCGAAUCGACGACACCUGGAGAAGAGGAGUUGGUGAACGUGACGGACAAACAUGGAAGUGUGAUCGCUCAACACCGACAGAGAAGGAUUCGACGAACCACUCUCGGACCACUGGGUAA